AUGCCUGUGGGGCGGGGUGUACGCGGGUGGCGAAUAAUUGAUAAGGUGCUAUCCGAAUCUAUUCGCAUCUAUCUAUCUAUCUAUCUAUCUAUCUAUCUAUCUAUCUAUCUCAGUCUUUUCUUUCUUUAUCUAUCUAUCUAUCUAUCGCAGUCUUUUCUUUAUCUAUCUAUCUAUCUAUUUCAGUCUUUUAUCUAUCUAUCUAUUUCAGUCUUUUAUCUAUCUAUCUAUCUAUCUAUCUAUCUAUCUAUCUCAGUCUUUUCUUUCUUUAUCUAUCUAUCUAUCUAUCGCAGUCUUUUCUUUAUCUAUCUAUCUAUCUAUCUAUCUAUCUAUCUAUCUAUCUAUUUCAGUCUUUUAUCUAUCUAUCUAUUUCAGUCUUUUAUCUAUCUAUCUAUCUAUCUAUCUAUCUAUCUAUCUAUCUAUCUAUCUAUCUAUCUAAUUUGUUUUCUUCAUUUCUAG